AUGCACAGGACCACCCGGAUAAAGAUCACCGAGCUCAACCCCCACCUGAUGUGCGCCCUGUGCGGCGGAUACUUCAUCGACGCCACCACCAUCGUGGAGUGCCUGCACUCGUUCUGCAAAACCUGCAUCGUUCGCUACCUGGAGACCAACAAGUACUGCCCCAUGUGCGACGCGCAGGUGCACAAAACCCGGCCCCUGCUCAGCAUCCGGUCGGACAAAACCCUCCAGGACAUCGUGUACAAGCUGGUCCCGGGGCUUUUCAAAGAUGAGAUGAAGAGGAGGCGCGACUUCUACGCCGCGUACCCGGUGGCCGAGGUUCCGCUGGGCUCGCAGGAGGAGCGCGGGGAGGUCACGGAGCGGGACCAGGGGACGCUGCCCGAGGAUGAGAUCGUCAGUCUGUCCAUCGAGUUCCACCGCGACCGCAGGGAGGAGCAGGAAGGCGCCGUGGAGAACGGGGACCUGGACAAGGACAAGAUUCCCGGGCUGCGCUUCCUGCGCUGUCCCGCGGCCAUGACCGUGCUGCACCUGGCGAAAUUCCUGCGCAACAAGAUGGAUGUGCCCAGCAAGUACCGGGUGGAGGUGCUGUACGAGGACGAGCCCCUGAAGGAAUAUUACACCCUGCUGGACAUCGCCUACAUCUACCCCUGGAGGAGGAGCGGUCCCCUGGCCCUCAAGUACCGUGUCCAGCCCUCCGGCCAGCGGUUCCAGCUGUGCCCGCCGCUGCCACCCGAGGCCACCAACACGAGCGGCGCCUCCGAGUGCGAGUCCGGCAGCGACAAAGCGCAGAGCCCCGGGCUGGCAUCGGUCCCCGGGCUGGCAUCGGUCCCCGGGCUGGCAUCGCCGCCCGGCCCGCCCGGGCCCGCUCUCAACGGCUCCGCCUCGAACUGUCACCCGCUGCCACCCGGCUGUCACCCGCUGCCACCCGGCUGUCACCCGCUGCCACCCGCCCGAGGCCGCAAAACCGCCCUGAACGGCAGCGCGGGCUCGGCCCUGGGCUAA